AUGGUUAAAUCAUUGGUCACGCAACAUUUCCGUGACAAACAAACCUCAUUUGCAAAUGAUGAACAAACAGAUCUCAUCCGAGGAAAGGAGGGAGUGGCAGAGUUGUUUCAAAAGCCUCUAUUCCAAAUCACAUGUGGUGAUCUCGGAACGACUGCUCGUGAUGUUGAAGCCGAGCUAGAAAAGAAUUUUGCAUUGGCAAGUAGAUGGGGCUGCAUUCUACUUCUAGAUGAAGCCGAUGUCUUCCUAUCUGCUCGGGAGCGGAAAGACUUUGAGCGUAACGGUCUAGUAGCAGAUUUUGAUGAGGCAUUUGCGUCCCGAAUUCACAUGAGUCUCCAUUAUCCUGAGCUUGAUGAAGCAAAGACCAAAAAGAUCUUCAAGCUUAAUCUUAACCUGAUUCAAGAGCGAUUUGAUCGCCAGGGUCGAAAGAUUAUCUAUGAUGUCUCAUCCAUUGAAAACUUUGCUGAACAGCACUUUCGAGAUAACAUAUAUAGCAGAUGGAAUGGACGACAAAUCCGGAAUGCAUGCCAGACUGCCUUAGCAUUGGCUGAGUUUGACACUCAUGGUGGCAACACAGAAGCUACGGUAGAUAAGGAUUUGGCUGUUGCGCUACAGUUAAAGCACUUCACGGUUGUGCAAAGGGCUUAUCUCGACUUUGCCAAGUAUCUAGGCGAUAUUCAUGGCACAAAGGGAGAUCAACACGCCCAGCAGAUUCUCGGUAAGACGAGAGGAUUCAAGACGAAGUGCCAGUGA